AUGUGUGCCGAGGAGACUAAGUGUGAUGUAGAGAUAUAUAAAGAGACAAGAUUAUCUAGUGGUGAGAAGACUUAUAUGGAGAGGUUAAAAGAGAAAGGAAAAGGCCAUGUUAAUGUUGAGGAAAAUGAAGAUGGUGAAGACAAUGAAUCAUCUGAAGACUCUUUGAAUGGUAUACACUUUGAAGAUAGUGAAGAAGAGAGGAUGCAUAAUUUUUAUGAAGACAUAGGUGAAGGUGCUAGUAUAGGUAGAGUGGAUAAUGGUGAUGGUACAAGUCAAAUGGAUAAUGGUCAAGGGAUACAUAAAGGGUUAACUACAACUGAGAUCCAAAAGGAACAUGUAAUUGAGGAUGAUUACAUCACAUAUAAGCUUGAUAAUGGGGCAAAUGAUGAUAGUGAUAAUGCAGGAUCCAAAAAAAGGGGUGGGCCAAAAGGUACAACCAAAAAAGGAAGUACAUCUAAGAAAUCCAAGGCUACUGCAGAAAAUGGGUGUGAGGUUACUGCAGGAAAUGAGAGUCAGGCUACGGCAGGAAAUGGGAGUCAGGCUACUGUAGGAAAUAAGGCUCAAGCACCAACUACAAAAAAUAUGAGUCAUGCUACUCAACCUGAAGAAAACUAUGCACCAACUGAUGUGACACCUACUCAACAUGGGGUACACCUUUCACAAAAUUCAGUUACCUUAUCUGAGGCAAUGAAAAUAUAUUAUGGUAUAGAUCCUGAUGAAUUAGAGGCAUUGUUGAAUGAUGAUGACAUACUAGAUAUUCCACCAUUAAGAAUUGAUACUAGUCCUGCAAAGAAUAAUAUGCCUGGUCCCAAAAUCUUUAUUGGUAAAUGUCCUAAGGCAUCAAAACCUGUUGUCAACCCAACUAUGAGUGAUCAUGUGAAAAUCAUGAUAUCACCAAAGAAAAAGUCAAAGAUUGUUGCAUCUCCAAUUAGGAAGAGUGACAGACUUAGGACUUUGAUGACAAAGAAUAUAGAGGGGUAUGGAAGGGAUCCAAAUGAUCCAUUUGUAAUACCUGAAGAAGACUCAACUAUUGGCAGUUCUAGGAGAAAGAAGAAAUGGGAUGACAUCCAGAAGAGCGUGACUCAGUGA